UUCGAAGAUAAUAGUUAUUCUAUCCUCUGGCCUUUAGUUGAGAAAAUAUCAACGCCUGUUAUUGUUUGUCUGUAGAAUAUAUGAGAUAAAACAUUCUGAAAGCCACACGUAAAGAUAAAGGCCCAUACACACAAAGGUGAACAAAUAAGUAACUAUCGCGAUGGAGUCGUUGAAUAUUGUUUCUCGUCACUAGAAAUAGGAAAGAACACGAGUUAGAGCGAAGCAAUUCUUGUGCUAUUUUUCCUUAUUCACUGACCUGACCGUUCAUCGGAGAGGCAGGAUGAAUACUAUAAUUUUUGGGCUGCUGAUAGCAUGCUCAGCGGUGUCUUGUCUCCCGUCUGCGUCAGCUGACCCUGCUGCCACUGCAACCCCUCAACCAGAAGCUGAAGCAAAAGCGGCUGAACCUCGUGGCCCACAGCCAGAACCAACAGCCAGGGCUGAGCCACAGCCAGCUUCUACCUCUAGUGUUCAGCAUAGUCAAACUGCAGUAUCGGGGCCACACCCAAAACCCUAUCAGCCAGCGCCAUUCGCAGGUCCUAAUCCUGCUCCUUAUCCCAUGCCAGCACCAUUCCUUCCACCAUACCUUGUCGGCGGACCUCAACCCUUUUCAGGCCCCAACCCACUACCUUUUCCACAACCUUUUCCACAACCUUUUCCACAGCCAGGACUAAUGCCAAAUGCUUAUCCAUCAUCAGGACCAAGUCCUGGACCUCAACCGUAUCCAAUGCCCUACUUGAUGCCAGAACUUUAUCCGUAUCCUCAACCUUUGCCUUACCCACAACCAUACCCAAUCCCUGACCCCCACCAAUAUUCAGGUCCUCAUCCAGGACCAGAACCUUAUCCAAAAGCAAAUCCAGUGCCCAGCCCUCAACCAAACGCCAUGGCAAGUCCCCAACCAAAACCAAUGCCAGGACCUCAUCCAGAGCCAAUGGCCCAUCCUCAACCACAUCCAAUGCCAGGACCACACCCACAGCCAAUGGCCCAUCCUCAACCACAUCCAAUGCCAGGACCUCAACCACAGCCAAUGGCCCAUCCUCAACCACAUCCAAUGCCAAGACCUUAUCCACAGCCCAUGGCCCAUCCUCAACCACAUCCAAUGCCAGGGCCUCAUCCACAGCCCAUGGCCAAUCCCAAACCGCAUCCAAUGCCUAAUCCACAACCGAAGCCUAUGCCCAGCCCUCAACCACAACCUACAGCCGGUCCACAACCAAAUCCCUUGCCCGGCCCUCACCCGCAGCCUAUAGCCAAUCCCCAACCACAACCAAACCCGAAUCCUCAACCAAACCCCAUGCCCGGUCCACAACCGAAGCCAUCGCCAGGACCCCACCCACAGCCAAUGGCUCAUCCUCAACCUAACCCAAUGCCUAAACCACAACCGAAACCAAAGCCCAGUCCUCAACCAAAUCCAAAGUCAGGACCUCAACCACAGCCUAAGGCCAAUGCCCAACCUAACCCGAUGCCGAAACCACAACCGAAACCAAUGCCCAGUCCUCAACCAAAUCCAAAGUCAGGCCCUCAACCACAGCCUACGGCCAAUCCCCAACCACAUCCAAUGCCUAACCCACAACCAAAACCAAUGCCCAGUCCUCAACCAAAUCCAAAACCAGGUCCUCAACCAAAUCCAAUUCCAGGCCCUCACCCACAACCUACGGCCAAUCCACAACCACGUCCAAUGCCUAACCCACAACCGAAACCAAUGCCCAGUCCUCAACCAAAUCCACAGCCAGGUCCUCAACCACAGCCUAUGGCCAAUCCCCAACCAAACCCAAUGCCAGGUCCGCAACCAAAACCAAAUCCAGGCCCACAUCCACAGCCUAAUCCACAACCAAAGCCAAUGCCCAUCCCUCACCCGCUUCCCAUAGCCGGUCCCCACCCACAACCGAAGGCUAAUCUAAAGCCAAAUCCUAUGCCUAAUCCAAAACCGAACCCAUUGCCUAGCCCUCAACCACUUAAUAUAGCCGGUCCGCAACCAAAUCCAAUGCCAGGAUCUAACCCACAGCCUACAGCCGAUCCCCAACCACAACCGACACUUAAUCCACAACCGAACCCAUUGCCUAACCCUCAACCACAUAAUAUAGCCGGUCCACAGCCCAAUCCAAUGCCAGGACCCAUGGCUGAUCCCCAACCACAUCCGAACCCUUUGCCUGGCCCUCAACCACACUCCAGAGCCGGCCCUCAACCACAUCCGAUGCCUUCUCCACAUCCGAACCCAAUGCCCUCUCCCUAUCCACAUCCCAUAGCUCAUCCUGAACUACAUCCAUUACCUAAUCCUCAUCCUAACCCAAUUUCUGCUACCCAUCCCCAUCCUGUAGCUAUUUCGGAUCCAUUUCCAGUUUCUUUUCCAAAGCCAAUAGCUACUCCCCAUCCACGCCCAAAAUCCCAUCCUGAACCACAUGCGGGGCCUAAUCCACAUCCAGUUCCUAUCCCAAAUCCUCACAAAUUAUUGUCUCAUCAAUCUGGACCACACUCCGAACCUAAGUCCCACGCUACGGCUAGUCCAGCACCACAUUUUACUCUAACAUCUUCAGGCCAUCAAGCUACAGGUUCAGACGCAUCUGGCCCUUCCCCUGGACAUUCUACCCUAGUGUUUUCUCUUUGAUAAACAGAAUGUAAUACCCUUGGGAGUAUUUAACCCUACUCAUAUUUGAUAAUACAUUUUAUGGAUAUGAUUAUGGAACGUCAAUGGAUGCCCCUUACUUAUUAUUACUUUUAUUUUUAGUUUUAUAUCGAUUAAUAAAUAAAUGUGAAAAACAA